AUGGAAUCUAUUCCAAGUGAUAGUGGCCAAUUUUUUGAAGAUAUGAAAGUGGCCAUGGAAAAAGACUUGGGAAAGCAAGUGUUUGCCUACUUUCUCAAUGCCUUUCCCAACUCCGCCCAAUAUAUUCUUGGCCCAUUUUUCUCUGCCUAUCCGGAGGAGGUGGCCAAAGUGUGGGUGAAGCAACCAAGAAGUGGCCCAACGUAUUUUUCAGACUUCACAUGGGCAUCCGUUUGGGAGAGCACCAAGCCAUUUGAAGGUUGGCCGAUUGGAACCCCCCUCAAAUCGGAUCCCAUCGCAACAAAAGAGGACCCAUCAAAGAAAGCAUCAUCCGCCUCCGAGAAGCCCGACCACUCAAGCUCGGCGGAUGGCAAGUUUGAUUGGUAUCAAUGGUUCAAGGCAUUGGAACGAAAAUUGAAGGGUCAUUGGAAGAAAAUUGGGAUUUAUGAUACAUUGCUCCUAUGUGCGGGAAGCCCAUUUCCUUGCGACAGAUCUCUCAUUAUUGCGGCCCUAUGCUUUUGGUCUUCCUCCACCAAUUGCAUGAGGCUCCGUUUUGGGAUGAUGACGCCCAACUUGCUAGACUUGGCCGUUAUUGCUGGCCUCCACCCUCAUGGAGAGGAUUUCUCGGCCGCCAACAUUCCGGAUGGCAAAGUGGGCUUAGAUUUUCACAAGUCAAACAAGACCUCCGGGAGCUGGGUGAAGACAUAUCUUGGCCAUGGCUGA